UGAAUUUAAAAGUGGGCCCAAGAGGUAUUGUGCAAGGGGUGGGGUGGGGGGGUUCGGGACUGCAAGGGCCACAGUGGGAAUGUGGUUGGGAGGGCGUGGGGUUUUUAGUUAGUGUUGAGGGGUUCAUCAUGAUGUUCUAUUUUUUAGAGGAGGAACCAGUAGUUGGUGUGGGCGUUCAUGCUGAGGCUGAAAAAGGUCUGGAUCAUGAUGGGAGCAUGACGGCGACUCCAUAAUCUUGGGGGGCAUUUUCAGUGAUUUUGAGGAGGAGGACCUGGGUGAAGGCACAUCAACAGGAGCUACUGCAGCUGGCCAGGAGAAUAGGGGUCUUCUGGAAAGGGGGCCAAGGGCUGCUGGCACCAGAGCACGGCGAUGCAGAUCUCGCUCCCCACUACCCAGGAGAAGGGAGGCAGUUUCUUGAUUAUCGCCUACUUGGGCUCGCUCAGACAGGCCACCUCGCAGCAGGAGCAGGGAACGGAGGCGGCAUGGGGACAGCAGGAGGAGGUUGUCUUUGCACAGGAAGCGAUCUGCUGAGAGAGAAGAGCAUAGAACUGUGGCUAGGCCAGUGGAUCCUGUUUCUGAGGGGAGCGCAGGUCACACUUCUGGACCAGUGAUGGCGCCUAGCAGAGCAGAAUAUCAAGCUUGGGGUCCAUAUUCCAUUGAGGUCCCGAAUGGAGGAAAAUGGGGAGACUGGGGGCCGGUUAGCUGGUGUCCCUCAGGUUAUGUGGCCAGAGGAUUCUCUGUUAAGGUAGAGCCUUCACAAGGAAAAGGAGAUGAUACAGCUUUGAAUGGCAUUCGUCUACAUUGUGUUAAUAUCCAAAAUAUUCAAGAGCAAGCUAUUAUCUCUUCUGCAGAAGGAGGGUGGGGAUCCUGGUCCUCAGCAUUCUGGUGUCUUGAUAGCCAACUUAUUGCCUUUUCUUUAAGAGUCGAGCCACAUCAGGGAAGCGGUGAUGACACAGCAGCUAACAACAUUAAAUUUAAAUGCUCAAACAACCAAGUCAUUGAGGGUUCUGGACUUCAGUGGGGUUCUUAUGGACAAUGGAGCUUGGACUGUGCUAAUGGUAUAUGUGGCAUCCAAAACAAGGUGGAAGGUGCACAAGGACGUAGAGAUGACACAGCCCUCAAUGAUGUUCGUUUUUUCUGCUGCUCAAACUGAUUCUUCUUUAUUUUUCAUGGACAAUCUUUAAACAUCUUUAAACAUAUGUUAAAAAAGUAUAUAUAAAUCCAUAUCAAAAUGUCCAAGGCAAGGUAUACUUUAUUAAAUAAUUGGUGAAUAAA